UGGUUGGAGAGAGCGGUAACGGGAGCAGAAGCCUGGAUGCUGCCUGCAGCCUCUCUGUCUCACUGGGCUGCCUCCGGCUCCGCUGCUUUCGCUGAGGCGCUGAGAUGGGGCGACUUGCAGCAAUGCGCCCGCUGGCUACAGCAAGACCGGGCUGUGCUGGGUGCCAGAGGUUGGCAUGGCUUCACACCACUUCACCACGCAGCGUAUCGCGGCCACAGGGCGUUGUCAUAUCUACUGCUGGAACAUGGGGCAGACAGCAACAUCCCCAAUGAUGCAGGGGAGACACCCUUUCAUUUUGCCUGCAGGCGUGGGGAGCUCUGCAUUAUGCAUCAAAUGGUGAAGAAUGGAGCGAAUGUGACAGCACUGGAUCACCAAGGGAAGACUGCGCUUCACCAAGCCGUGUCUGGUGGUAGUAUAGUUGCCAUCCGUUACCUGGAAGAAAUGGGUCGGUUCAACUUCCGUGACACGGACAGGUUUUUGCAGACGCCCCUACACAUCGCGGCAUCGCUUGGCAAUGAGGACGUCACGAAAUACUUGCUGAGAGACUCGAGGUGCAGAGUGGAGGCGACUGACACUUGGGGGAUGACUCCCAUGCAUGUGGCAGCACAGACGGGUUCAGUGGCCAUUUGCUGGCUGCUGCUGAUGGAGGCUGGUUUCGCCGCACUGCAGCCACAGAACAAGGAUGGGCUCGCUCCUCUGGACCUCGCCAAGCAAGGAAAAACGCACAGACACCAGGAAGUAACAAAGCUUCUGAACAAGUACAGUAAGGAACAACAGAGGGGGAAGCCCAAGCAACCAACUGGACUAUAUUACGGCUGCCUGCUUCUCCCAGGGGUCCUGAGCUCCAUCGUGUUCCUCAUCGCAAGCUACCUCGGGAAAUAUGGGGGAGCUUUCAGCGUCGUUGCUUUUGCAAUCCUCGCCAGGAUGGUUUUUUUCCAGUACCACCGCAUCUCUCAUCUGGCCAGGUUACCAAACCCAAUGUAUGUCGGCACCUUUGCUGCUGGGAUCUUUCACUCGUUAUACUGCUUCUACUACAAGAUCCUGCCUGUUCUGUGGCCAGAUAAGCUACUGCUGUGGUGCAUGACUAUGCUGGCCACCACCUUGCUGUGGAUGUUUAAGGAGCUGUUAACCAGGGACCCAGGGAACCUGCAGAAAUCUGGCUGUGAAGCAGAGUACUCAACGGUCACUCAGCUUAUCGAGGCAAAUCAGAAUCCGUCCAGGUUCUGUAUCUACUGUGAGGUCAUUCAGCCAGAACAAACAAAGCACUGUAGACUCUGCAACACCUGCAUGGUCAACUUUGACCACCAUUGUCUCUUCCUCAUGAAAUGUGUGGCCCGAGAUAAUCAGCGACUCUUCGUCCUGUUCCUCUUGGAAGUCUUCGUCUGUCACCUGACCUUCACGGCAUCGGCUCUGUAUUGCCUGAACCUUCGAUACGGACUGAACCUCGAGGUAGCCCAGUCCGUUCUCAGCCUCGAGUCCUGGGUGGUGGGACUGGCCCUGAUGAACUUGGCCACCGCCGUGUGGGAGCUGAUGGUCCUGAAGGAUCAGCUGGUGACCAUCUCCACAAACUCCACGACCACCUUCACGCAUAGGCCAAACGCCACAGCCUACUCAUGGGGUCGCCGUUUGAAAAAUGUCACGACGUUCCUCCUCACCGGGAUCAGGCUGCAGAGCAGCCAGAGAAAUUUCUCCAGCCAGUUCUAAACUGUUCAUUGUCAUUGUCCUUUAAAGUUACAACGUAGCCCUUGAUUUAACAAAUACUGACCAUCAGUGAAAUGGAGUUACAGAUAAACAGGUCACAGUUACGAAUGAAGACUGUACUAAGAAUGAUAUAGCUGGCUGACUCAUCAUAGGUCACUGCUUCCUGAACUUCUCCCAUUGUGAUGCCAACUCAUUGCUUUUAAAACGACGUGAGCCAGACCGACUUGGGUGCGGUGCUGGGAAUUGUGGGGGUGGGGUUGGGGAUGUGGUGUUGUGACAGAAUU